AUGCUCACUUAUUUGGAAUUAGACACCAACAACUUCACUGGUCAGUUACCCCAUAAUAUAUGUGUUGGUGGUUCACUUCAACAAUUCAGUGUGAAUAGCAACAAUUUUUUCGGUCCAAUUCCCAAAGGCUUGAGACAUUGCACAAGCCUGAAGAGACUCCACUUGGAACAAAACGAAUUUGUUGGUAACAUAUCUGAAGAUUUUGGCAUCUAUCCACACCUAGAAUAUUUAGAUCUCAGCCAAAAUAAGUUUUAUGGUCAAGUCUCAUCUAGCUGGGGAGAGUGUCCAAAUUUAGGCAUCCUAAAGAUCGCAGAGAACAAUAUAACUGGCAGCAUACCAGUUGAGCUUGGAAACCUAACUCAACUAGGUAGACUUAAUCUUUCUUCAAAUUAUCUAGUUGGGGAGAUUCCAAAAGAACUUGGAAACUUGAGUAUGCUAGAGGAGCUGAUUUUGAAUAGGAACCAACUUUCUGGUAGUAUACCUUCGGAAAUUGGAUUCCUCACCGGAAUUACCCAUCUUGACUUGUCCACAAACAAGUUGAGAAAAUCAAUCCUUGAAAGUCUGGGGAACUUGUUGCAAAUGAAUAGCUUGAAUUUGAGCAACAACCAGUUUACCCAAGAAAUUCCACCUCAGUUGGGGAAGCAAAGUCUGCUGACAGAGUUAGAUUUGAGUCAAAACCUCCUCAGUGGAAAAAUACCCUCUGAAAUUUGUGAUUUAGAGGAUUUGCAGAAUCUUAAUAUCUCCCACAAUAACCUCUCUGGUUUCAUUCCAAGAGAGUUUAAGAAGAUGCACCUAUUGAGUAUUGACAUAUCUGACAAUGAGUUGCAAGGUCCAAUUCCUAACACAACAGCAUUUCGAGAUGCUACCAUCGAAGAAUUACAAGGGAACAAAGAUUUGUGUGGUGAUGUUAAAGGGCUACGACCUUGUAGAACUUCACCUGCAACAAAACAUGGCCUGAAAAAGGGUUGGAUAAUCUUUUUUACAGUUUUUUUCCCUCUUCUAGGAGCUUUUCUUCUGUCUCUUGUGGUGCUCCGUAUACUCUUUGGUUCUAGAAGAACAAAGAGACACUCAGAAGAUAAAGAAAGUGGGAUGAAUAAUGAAGAAUAUCUCGCGAUAUCAACUUUUGAAGGAAGAAAGAUAUAUGAAAAAAUCAUAGCAGCGACUAAGGAUUUUGAUGCCAGUCACUUAAUUGGGAAGGGAGGUCAUGGAAGUGUUUACAAAGCUGAGUUAUCACCAAGGGAUAUUGUAGCAGUUAAGAAAAUCCAUUCGCUAUAUACUGGUAAUAUAGCUGAUCAAAAAGAGUUCUUGAGUGAGAUAAAGGCAUUAACAGAGAUAAGACAUCGAAAUAUUGUGAAAUUUUUUGGUUUUUGUUCCCAUUCUCGACACUCAUUCUUAGUCUACGAGUAUCUCGAAAGGGGUAACUUGGCCGCAAUUUUGAGCAACGAAGCAGGAGCACUAGAACUAGAUUGGAGUAAGAGAGUGAAUAUCAUAAAAGGUGUGGCACAUGCUUUGUCUUACAUGCAUCAUGAUUGCUUCCCACCAAUUGUCCAUCGUGACAUAUCAAGUAAGAACGUGCUGCUAGAUAUGGAAUAUGAAGCUCAUGUCUCAGAUUUUGGAACUGCUAAGCUUCUCAAGCCAGAUUCAUCUAAUUGGACUCAACUUGCUGGCACAUAUGGAUAUGUUUCACCAGAGCUUGCAUACACAAUGAAGGUGACAGAGAAAUGUGAUGUGUAUAGCUUUGGGGUGUUGGCACUGGAAGUCAUCCUAGGGAAGCAUCCCGGAGAUGUGCUCACCCCAUUUUCAGGUUCAUCUGCAAACAUGAACAUAGAGCUUGAUGAUAUGUUGGAUCCAAGGCUUCCAUUUCCCUCCUUGGAAGUUCAACGCAAACUAAUUUCCAUCAUAGAAAAGACCUUUUUAUGCUUAGAUGUAAGCCCACAGUCUAGACCAACCAUGCAGAUUGUGUCUCAUCUUUUUUGCAACUAA